GAUAUAUACCACAAUCGCGGAUCAAUUAACCUCUGCAUAGUCACGUUUUUAGCACGUGUUACCCCUUCUCUGGAUUCCGUGGGUUGAAAUCACAAUCCGUUAGGUAGCCCUUGGAUUUUUUUGUAUAGGUCUUCUGCUAGACAGUCAGCGCCACAUAUUCACUCACCAGUUGAAAAUUUCUCAAUGUUCCGUAAAAUUGGGACGAUAUACAAGGAUAAGAAAGGUUCGUUAUCUAGCAGUCUAAAUUCUUCAAGCAUUUUAUAUAAAGAAAACUGGCCCUUGUGAAAGUUGAAGCUGUAUUUGGAAAUUACAUUGACUUCGAAGUAACUCUGUGACUUCCGGCCAAGACAAGCCCAUGUGGACAGCAGCGGUGUCUCCGAUCAUUCCGUGUUAAGGCUGUUUCUCGUGCUCCCGUGAAAAAAAAGCUUCUCGACGGAUAAUCGCGUGUGCACCGCGAAAGUCAUCACAGCAUGGCUGAUUUAGAUGAUUUCUUCGCGAAAAAGGAUCGCAAAAAAGCGAAGGGGAAGAAGUUUACUACCACAGAGGAAAUAGCGAAGAAAUUGGAGGAGACGGGAAAACGGACGGGAAAGAAGUUGAAAGACAAACCUAUGAACCCGGAAGGCGAGGAGACCCAACAGACCGAGGAUGAAGACGAGUGGAAGGAAUUUGAGGAAGAGAAGAAGGACUACACUGGCUUGAAGAUUGGAAACUUAACUAUUAACGAAUCUGUAGAUGUAGAGUCAGACGAUGAGAAAGGUACGAUGGAUAAUAGUUCGGACGGAGAAUCCGGAGAAGGAGGCCCAAAGCAUUUAGGUCCAUGGAAAAAGCCUGAACUCCCUCCGCAACCAGAAGUACCGGAAGUAGUAGCAGCAGCAGCUGCCCCACCUCCCCCUCCUGCUACACCAGGAAGUAGUUACAAACCACCACAUUUAAGGAACGUUCAGCCUGUGGCUGCCAGUCCUAGGCAACGGGCAAGGAAUAUUGCACCAGACAUACAUAGCGAAGAAUAUUUCCCAACUCUGAACUCGAAACAGCAACAGAGCAACGAACCCAUUGGACCAUGGGGCAGGCGGAAACGAGACGAAGGUACGUUCGAGGAAGUGCGUAACAGAGGGGGAAGCAGAUCGUACAGCAUGCAAGACUCGCAAGCUCAAGCGCCCAAGCUCUCUCUGGGUAACAAGUACGGUGCCCUUUCGCAAGAUCAAAGCUGAAAUCUUCCUUGAUUUGAUCAAAACGACAAACAGUCAUCAUAUUACGUCAUCGCCUUUCUCCGUUUCGUGGCCCAGCUACGCUAUCAAAUAUGUUUUCUAGGAUAGAACACGAAGAACAUGUACGAUAGUUACGCAUCAUCGAUUACGUACAUGCCCUAAGCUUCGAAAGGCCCAGGUUGUAAUCCCGUUUCGUUCGAUAGGUAUGUCGUUGUUCGUCCUAUCGCGGAACCGGAUGCACGCUCCAUAAGAAACAAUUCCUGCUUGCGACCGAUUUCGUAACGCGGAGAUUUAUUUUCAUACGUGAGACAUGCUCAAACACGUUUAGCACCAGUUUUUGUAUUUAAGUUUUCUUUUUUAAUCGAAGAAGGUGGGAAGCCCGGGAGUUCGCGCGACGAGACCGAUAGUUGAGGUAGAACGCUCGUUAUUUUCACGCGAGACGUCGACUCGGAAGCGGAUUAUAGUCGCGCGUUCGCUCUAUUUUUACACGGUGCUGUUUUCAUUUAGCGUGCAAGCUUUACUAUCGAUCGCCGUUGAUUCGUCACGGGAAUAUAUAGAUUAGGGCACUGGAAUACUGAAACCGGACAAACCUUAACGAGAAGAAUAAAGUACCUAGAGAUACUGUUACACGAAUCGCUUGAUAAGUUCAGCGAUUACAGGGUGAACUUAAUUGAUUACAAGAGACUCUUUCGAAGUAAAAAAAAAAAAAUGGUUGAUGAUCCGCUUGGGCCGUGUUUUUUGUUUGAGAGUAAUCGUUUCGCUCAACGGUAACGUACGUCAACGAACACAAAAGUUUAGAUGAAUUAAGAUACGUAUAUAUAAAUAUAAAUAUAUAUAUAUAUAUAUGAUAAUUAAAAGUUAUUGAAUUCCGGGGCUGGGCUUUGGAACGGUGCGAGCCAUCCUAUAUACACGUCAAGACGAGAGAAAUACGAGGAGAAAGUUAAAAAAACAUACGCAAAGUACAUUUGAGAUACGAAAGAAGAAGAUUGCAUAUGAACAAAGCGGAGAUGUAUGUGUCUCAAGUAUAAAAAAAAAAAGCAAACAAAAAUUGAACGUAUGUACACUUUUGUUGACGCUUGUUUAUUUUCGUUGAUUUUGGGAUUUUUUUUCCGCGAAUAAGAAACGAGAACGAAGAUGGAGAAUGUUGAAACGCGUUUUUGGGAUUCUCCUGUGCGAUCGGGAGCUCGGGGUGCUAACGCUGUUAUUUUUUUGUGAGGCAAAAGUUAACAAAUGAAAGAUGGAUAGAAGCAAUUAUAAAAUAAUAUGAGAGCCAUACACACAGAAGCGAGGAGAAGAGAAAAACAAACGGAGCCUUGUAUAGUGAACGAUAAGAAGAAAAAAUGUGAUUAUUUAUAAUAAAUUUCCUAGGACAACUUA